CCAGACCCCUAGAGCACCCGCUGGUAUUCCCACAGCCUGCUCCCUGACUACUGAGGAGCACUAUAAAGAGACCUGCUCCUGAGAGCGAGAGCCAGAUCAAGCUGUCUCCUUGAGUAGAACUGUCCCGUUCUCAGGCUGUCACUGCGACCUCGCCCUCUCCAGACCUCCCCACUUGGUGUCAGCGAUGAGCUCCUGCAACUUCACUCAUGCCACCUUCGUGCUCAUCGGAAUCCCAGGGCUGGAGGGAGCUCACUUUUGGUUUGGCUUCCCCCUGCUUUCCAUGUAUGCCGUGGCACUGUUUGGAAACUGUAUCGUGGUGUUCAUCGUGAGGACGGAGCGGAGUCUGCAUGCACCCAUGUACCUUUUUCUCUGCAUGCUGGCCGCUAUUGACCUGGCUUUGUCCACAUCCACCAUGCCCAAGAUCCUCGCCCUCUUUUGGUUUGAUUCCCGGGAGAUUACUUUUGAUGCCUGUCUGGCCCAGAUGUUCUUCAUUCAUGCUCUCUCAGCAGUUGAAUCUACCAUUCUGCUGGCCAUGGCCUUUGACCGUUAUGUGGCCAUCUGCCACCCACUGCGUCAUGCUGCUGUGCUCAACAAUACAGUGACAGUUCAAAUCGGCAUGGUGGCACUGGUCCGGGGAUCCCUAUUCUUUUUCCCGCUCCCACUGUUGAUCAAGCGGCUGGCCUUCUGUCACUCCAAUGUGCUCUCCCAUUCCUAUUGUGUCCAUCAGGAUGUGAUGAAACUGGCCUACACAGACACAUUGCCCAAUGUAGUCUAUGGUCUAACUGCCAUUCUGCUCGUCAUGGGUGUAGAUGUCAUGUUCAUCUCCUUAUCUUACUUUCUGAUUAUACGAACAGUUCUGCAACUGCCUUCCAAGUCGGAGCGAGCUAAGGCAUUUGGGACCUGUGUAUCACACAUUGGUGUGGUUCUGGCUUUCUAUGUGCCACUCAUUGGCCUAUCAGUGGUACACCGUUUUGGAAACAGCCUAGAUCCCAUUGUGCAUGUUCUCAUGGGGGAUGUCUACCUGCUGCUGCCUCCUGUGAUUAAUCCCAUCAUCUACGGUGCUAAGACCAAGCAGAUCAGAACUCGAGUGCUGGCUAUGUUUAAGAUCAGCUGUGACAAGGACAUUGAAGCUGGAGGAAACACGUGACCCUUACCAUUUUAUCACCCUUGUCCUUGAUAGCUUAAUAUAGUAAUUUCAUCAUACCUGCUUAAUUCCAGUCACCCAUAAGCACAUUCGUGCUUUUCCCUGGAUGGGAUAGUGAACUGAGUAUGGUUUAUCUUCAUCAUGGAUAUAACAUGAAAUAAUCUCUAUCAAUGAACAUUAUGUGGUUUAAUGACUCUGCUCUAAAAUGAGAAAUGUAGGUAAUAUUAGAUAAGGCAACUAGGAUUUGUGUUUAAACUAACUGAUCAGGCUUGUGACGUGAAUGAAAUUUGUUUUAUUCCUCCUCUCUUUGUCAUGAAGCUGUUGCUCAGGUGUUAUGUGUAAUUACUAGAAUGUAGACCAUGAAGCCAACAGUAUGGUAAGCAAGGCUUGCCUCAUUCACUUCAAGCUUGUUAUUCACUACCCAGGAACAUAGCCAAGUCCUAAAGAGCAAGGCUUAUGACUGGAUCAUGAAUGCUUAACAUGUCCCAGGCCCCAUGAUAAUCUCAUCCUUUUCCCAGAGCAGGUACCAUUUUUGCCCAUCACAACAUAUGAUAGAGGUUUUAAUGAGCAAAAAACUUUCUUGUAUGUGCUGUGCCAAGAUUUUAAAUUAAAUUUGAUAAUUGAGUACAUUUGUUUUACUACCAUGUUAUAUUGCUUCCUGUUUAACAUCUGCCAUCUAUUUCCUCUGUCUGUUACAAAUCCUGUUUUCUCUCUGCUGUGUGCUAACAUGGAUGUUCUUGUGUUUGAGCUAAGUCAUUAGCCCUGUCCU